UGCGAUCGCAGACAUUGUGCAAAACGGUUCACAGUUCUCUCCUCGCGACUGGAAGAGAUCGUCUUGCUGUUUCUCCGUUUUUUGUGGGAGUGCACUGCGAGAAGUCGGAGAAACCGUGUCAAAUCCAUUGGAGUCCACAGCCCGCUGCAGAGCCACUCAUUCUGAUCGCGCAGCAAGUGGCAAGUGAGCGUCUGAGCACUUGAGCUUUAUCAAUUUCGGGCGUUUCUUCGGAGGCUCGACACAUACACACAGCCAGUCGGAGCGAGAUCCGCAGCGAGGGUCGCACCAUGGAUAGCGUCAAGUCGUUCUUCGCCGGCUCCGGCAGAGAUGGCAGCCUCAGCGGCAACCAGCAGCCGAAUGUACCGGGGUCCUCCAUGGGGAGCCGCUGGGGUCGCAGCUGGAGCACCAGCUCCCAGCACACGGAUCCCGAGCCAGGAUCAGGAGCCUCCAACUCCUCGGCCAGCAAGAGCGGAAAUCCCUGCGACGUGAAGCGCAAGGACAGUGAUAACUACUUCUACAUCAUGUGGCGCGCUUGAAGAUUACCAGACGAGUGUGGAUCCGAGCAUCAACCGGAUGAGUCGCGAUCCGUAUCUUAAGUGACCUGCAGCUAUACACGUAUCUGUAAUCCUAUUGGGAACAUCGGAGCGCCUUGUGCCCCGUCGCACCAUCUCC